AUGACAACAAGCACAGCUACUAUUCCUCCCAUUAUUACAACACCGAAAGCCAUCUUUACACCAACCACAAAACCCAUUACUACUGCAACCACAACACCAGAAACCUUUACAACUAAUCACACAACCAUUCCAAAUCUCACCACAACACCAGAAAACAUUACAACAACUAAACCAACCAUUAUAAUAACUACACAAAUAAUUCCUCCCACCACAACUACAGGGGAGACCAUUUCAACACUCACACCAACCACCAUAACACCAAAAACAAUUACAACAUCUACAAAAUUAAUUCCUACCACCACAGCACAAGAAACUAUUACAACAACUCCACAAAUAACUCCAACCAGCAAAACUACACCAGAGACCAUUACAUCAACUCGGCUAACCUUGCUAUCGACAACCAUAACACCAGAAACCAUUACAACACUUACACCAACCAUACCUACCACGACUACAAUAACAGAAAACGUUGCAACAGCUACACCAACCAGUCUUACUACCAUCACAACACUAGAAACCAUAACAUCUAAUAAAACAACCAUUCCUGUUAGUACCACGACUCCAGAAUUAUUUACAACAAAAACUUCGACGACCACUAAACAUCCAGUACUAUUUACAACAACUACAACAACUUCUCCUACCACCUUUUCAACACCAGAAACCAAUACAUCUAAGACAGCAGCCAAUACUAUUACGACAUCAACACCAGAAAGCAUUGCAACAACUGCAACAAUUCUUCCUACUACCACCACAGCAUCAGAAACAUUUACAAGAACUAGAACAACUAAUCCUAACACCACCACAACAACAGAAACCUUUUCAACAACUACAACAACCAAUCCUACUACCACCAGAAAAACAGAAAACUUUACAACAAUUACAACAACUAAUCCCAACACCACCAAAACACUAGAAAGCAUUACAACGACUACAAACACCAAUCUUACUUUAACCAUAUUAUCAGAAACUAUAACAACAACUGUAUUAACUAAUCCUAACCCCACCACAACAUCUGAAAUUAUCACAACAACUACAACUACCAAUCUUAAUAACACCAUAACAACAGAAAUCAUUACAACAACUACAUCGAUUAAUCUUACUAGCACUACCAUUAAAACAACUACAACAUCCUAUCCUACUACCACCACAACACAAGAAACCAUUACCAAAAUUACAACAAAAAAUCCUAACACUACCACACCAGAAACCAGUACAACAACUACAAAGUCCAAUCAUACCACUACCACAACAUCAAAAACCAAUUCAAUAACUAAAACAACUAAUCCUACCACCACUAAAACAACACCAGAAACUAUUACGACAUCUACAAGAACCAAUGUUACUACCACCACAAGAUCAAAAACCAUUACAACAUCUGCAAUAACUGAUCCUACAGCCAGAACUUUAUCAAAAACCUUUACAAAUACAACGACUAAUCUUACUAACACCACAACAUCAGAAAUCAUUUCAACAACAACAACUAAUCCUACUACCACCACAACACCAGGAACCUUUACAACAGCUUCAACAAUCAAUCUUACUACCACCACGACAUCAGAAACCAUUACAACAACUACAACAACUAAUCCUUCCACCAAAUUACCGGAAACCCAUACAACAACUAUAACAACCAUGCCUACGACAACCACAACAUCGAAAACCAUUACAACAACUACAACAACCAAUCCUAACACCACAACACCAGAAACCAUUACAACUACAAUCACUACAACAACUAAUCCUAACACCACCACAAUAACAGAAACCAUUACAAAAACUACAACGACCUUUCCUAACAUGACAAUGGUGGAAACUCCAACAUCGUCUCGCACCGCAUUUGUGGGCAAAUCGAUAGCUGGAUCGUGCAACACGUAUCCGUGGAUGGUCAGACUUGUGGUGGACGAUGAUGUUUGUGGUGGUCUUAUAAUAGAUGCAACCCACAUUCUCACAUCGGCACAUUGUGCUAGUCAGAAGACCAGCAUCCAGGCCACAGUUGGAGAGUGCGAUACGUCUGUCGUGGAGGGAACAGAACAAGUCUUUGUUGUCAACAUGGCGACUGGUGUCUCCGUCCAUCCAGCCUUUGACUACAUUGCUAAAACCAAUGCUAUAGCCGUUCUUACCUUAGACACGCCUAUAAACCUAACUAGAACAUGCGCCAAACCCAUUUCUUUGGACCCGACGUAUCAAGUUGUAUCGGGACAGAAAUGUCAAAUUGCUGGCUGGGGUGUUACAGAUGAAAAUGCUUUUCGGCCAUCCACAACACUGCAGACAGCAUCAAUAACAACCUACCAAGGUGAAGAUUGCUACGCCCAAUUUCCUUUAGCUGGCCAGGACUACUUCACUGACCCCACCAGACAGCUUUGUGCUGGUGAAACCACAGGAGGAGUUGAUGCUUGUUCGGGAGAUUCAGGAGGACCCCUGUUCUGUCUGAACUCUGCGACCAACACUUGGGUGGCUGCUGGGGUCGUCUCCUACGGUCAAGGCUGCGCUAGGACCAACUACCCCGGCGUGUAUACUGACGUCAGCGCCUACUACGACUGGAUCCAACAGCAACUGUAGAGGCAGA